AUAAUAGGAAGUCAGGGAGUUGGCUGCAGACAUUAGAAUCACAGAGGAGAGAUGGGGAACGUAGAUCUGGCCAAGCUCGGCGCCAUCCUGGUGAAAAAUGCCGUUACCGGAGAGACGGUAGAAUUACAAACUCUGUGGAAAGACAACACCAGCGUCCUUUUUUUCCUGCGGAGGUUCGGCUGCCAGAUCUGUCGCUGGAUUGCGAAAGACGUGUCGCAGCUGAAGGAAUCCUUUGAUGCCAACCAGAUCCGGCUCAUAGGGAUCGGCCCAGAAACUUUAGGACUGCAGGAGUUCCUGGAUGGCAAAUAUUUCACAGGAGAGUUAUUUCUCGAUGAAUCAAAGCAGAGCUACAAGGAGUUGGGGUUUAAGAGAUACAAUGCGCUAUCUAUAGUCCCAGCCGCUCUGGGGAAGAAGGUGCGAGAUAUCGUCACAAAGGCUAACGCAGAUGGGGUCCAUGGAAAUUUCAGCGGAGAUCUCCUACAGAGCGGUGGGAUGCUUGUGGUCAGCAAAGGUGGAGAGAAGGCGCUCCUUCACUUUGUUCAGGACUCUCCCGGUGACUUUGUUCCUCUGGACAGCCUGGUCACAGCGCUGGGGAUUACUGCCGAUGUGACCUCCAGUCAGCGCCCUGAGUGUAAUGAUGAAGUCUGCACUAGAUGAAGAAGAAUCGAGGCGCGUCGCAGGAAGUUCUUCUUUUUUUUUUUUUCUUUUUUUUUUUCUUUUUUUUUUUCUUCUUCCCCCAGUUUGGGACUUUGCACUGAUUGGUGAUUUCAGUACAAGUGAUUUAGCUGAAGUGACUCACAAACUGUUAAUUUUUUUUUAUUUUGUUUAAUAUUGUAGUACUUUUUGGAUUUUUUUUUUUUUUUUUUUAUCCUCAUGGCCGGUUACCUCCAAGUACUAGCACUGACACCCCCUCACUCGAUGUCCCCUUGUACCGUCCUCUUUGUUAUGUUCCUAAUUUAAUGCAAUUUAUUAAUUUCUAAUAAUAUUUCAUACAUUGCAUUUU